CCGCCCGGGGUUCAACGCAACGUGGCAUGUCCAGACAUCCAAAUAAAAUAAAAAAUGUAAACAUGGAAAUGGAUACAGUUAUCUUUCACAGACACAAAAUAUCGCAAAUGAUAGAUAUAAAGACAUGAUUGAAAUUAUGUGGCAGAUGAACUUUGACUGCUACUGCCUGGGUGGAAGCGCUUUGAACAGAUGUGAACUGUACUGAAGCAUUCUCCUCUCAACAUAAAGAGUGGUCAUCAUGGACCCCAGAAGUUACCACUGGACCGAGCCAGGCCCUGGUCGUCACCCACAGAGACCCAGGGAAAGAGAGGACUACCAUAGGCCUGCUCACCCUCACCAGGGGACUGGAACCAGGCACUACCCACCAGCACCAAAUGUUGGGGAUGCUAUCACUGAGCACUACCCACCACCACCGGACCCCAGGGAGAGGGAGAGGCAGUGGUCCCACCAGGACCCUCGCUACAGGGUCUACCUCACCAGCCCUCCCCCUUCCAGACCACCUCUAGAGUUCUCACACAGCUCUUACAGCACUCCCCACUCAAGGACAGCGUACGACAGACCCCAUUCCACGAUGGGUUACAUCAGACCAGAGCCACAACACUACAGACCCCACUCAAGGCAAGCAUAUGACUACCCACCCCAGAUUUACUGGGACCAUAGUCAGGACUAUGGCUACUAUGACCAGGGCUAUUACAAAGGACAUUACCCAGAUGCAGGUCAAUGGCCUCCCCAGGAACAGUGGAGAUCUGACCAGUAUCAGGAGAGGAGAUAUGAGCAGGACCAGACUGGCAGUGGCUACCGAGAACAACAAAGGUAUGACCAGCGAAGAGCGAGCUCUCAGCAUGACUUCAGAGGCUCUGAUGAAGAUCGUUCUAAAGAGAAUGGGGAUGCUGGUGGAGAUGACUGCUGUUUUGCCGAAGGGGCUCUGGCCAUCUCCAAGGCCUCAGGCUUGUCCUCCAGUAGCUAUGAGUUGAGCCAGUACAUCAACGGUGCUGAACAGAAUGACCCUGCCCCACAAACCACCUGGAGCACAGCAGACACAGAGUAUGCAGCUAUUCCCCAGGUGACUGCCCCUCUGAAACACUCUUUGCCCCAUGCUCUGGUCAGCUUUGGUCCAGCCGGACAGUUGAUCCGGGUCAGUCCUGGUCUGGCCAUGCAGGGAGACCCAGGGAAGGUGGAACUACACAGUCUUGAGAUCAUUCUGGGGGAAACACAGGAGCAGCAGGACAUGAGAGAAUUUCCUGGGCCACUGGCUAGGGAAGACCUGCACAAAGUAGAUGCCAUCUCUUUUGCCCACCAGAAGGCAGAAGCCUGCAUGAAAGAUGAAAAACUACAAGACAAGGGCUCUGCCGCCCUCCUUUGGAAUCUACUGGUACUGCUGUGCAGACAGAAUGGACGUAUCGUUGGUUCAGACAUAGCAGAGCUGCUGAUGAGGAACUCUCAGGGCCAUGGUGGUUCAGGGGGAAGUGAAUCAGAGGCCCCUACACUCAUAGACCUGAGUGAGGGCCCCAGUCCUGAGACAGACCCCUUGGAUGGAGCAGAUCUGUUGACAGGGACAGCCACUAGUGCCUGUACGGCUGAGUCCACAGAGAAGGACAUGCAGGGAUACACCAAGCUUCUCCUGGCUGGACGGAAGAAGGAGGCCCUCGAGUCGGCCAUGAAGAGUGGACUGUGGGGCCACGCCCUGUUCCUGGCCAGCAAGAUGGACAACAGGUCCUAUACCACUGUGUUGAACAGGUUUACAGGCCAGCUAGCUCCCAACGACCCCCUACAGACCCUGUUUCAAAUGCUCUCUGGAAGGAUCCCUGCUGUUUCCACGUGCUGUGGAAGUGACAAAUGGAGAGACUGGGAGCCUCACCUGGCCGUCAUGCUGUCCAAUGAGACGGGAGAUCCAAUCGGGCACCAGAAGAGCAUCAUUACCAUGGGAGACACGCUAGCCUCCAGAGGGCUGUUACAUGCUGCUCAUAUCUGCUAUCUGACAGCUUACGCUCCUUUUGGCGUCUACACAGCCAAGACCGAGAGACUGGUGCUUCUGGGCAACUGCAACAGUCUGCCAUUCAAAGAGUUUGCUCAGAAUUCUGCCAUUCGGUGCACAGAGUUAUUCGAGUACUGCCAGAGACUUGGAGAUAAAUUCUUCUGUAUCCCCCCCUUCCAGGUGUAUAAGUUCCUGUAUGCGUGUCGUCUGCUGGAUGCUGGGCUGGCGUCCCAGGCCUUCCACUACUGUGAGGUGAUAGGGAUGUCUUUACUCAGACUGCAGGAGCCCAGCAUGGUGCUGCUGGGGGAGCUUAUCAAGCUGGCAGAGCGGCUGAAGCAGUGUGAGGGAAUGGGACAGCUCAGUGACACAGCUGACGACAGGCCUGGACAGGAGCCUGACUGGCUACAGCAGCUGAGAUACAGACAGCAGGGCAUACAGAUGGGGAGCAGUGGUUGUAGUGAUACAUACCAGUCAGGAGCAGACGGGAGUGCAUGGGCCCAUGAGGAGAGCAGAGUGUAUUCAGAAUCAGACACCGAUGACCUUUCUGCAAGGGGAGAUGACCAGGGACUGGAUGCUAAAUUCCUCUCCCACAAAGCAGCAGAAGAGCAACAACAACAGCACGUGCAGCCACAGCAGAUCAACACCCAGCCUCCGCUGCCGGUCAUGGCUUCUAACACUCAGCCUGCAGUGUCACCUGUGGUGGGAGGCCAGGACCACAGUUACUACUACACAGACACUGCACAGCCUCCGCCUCAGCCUUCACCUCAGCAUCCUACACUGGACUGUCCUCCUUCAGCAGGGGAAGGGGCUGAUCCUUCUGCUGGCCCAGGCAUGAUAGGGGUCCAUAUAAAUGCUGGCUUGAUGCCAGUGGCAGAGUAUGGUCAGCAGUAUGGUCAGCACUAUGGCCAGGAGUAUGAUUAUGGAGAUCAGCAGGCAUGGCAGCAGGGAGGGCACCAGGCCACCAUCACGCAGGAGGGCAAGGACUCAGAGCCGGACAAAAUCCAACCAAAACAGAGCAUCAAGUCGGGGUGGUUUAGCGGCUGGUUCAAACACAAACCCACAGAGGAGCAAAGUGAGGCGUCUCAGGAUGCAGACUCAGCUGACCCAGUUCCCACUAUGGAGACGCCUCCCACUUCCCUAUUUUCUUUCCCUUCCACUACCAACAUCCCUGCAACCAAUUUUCCUACCCAGCCUGCAUCUACUGGUAUCAACGUCUUUUCUCGGAAAGCGGGUGAAUAACAGGCCGGAAUGUAUUGGACAACACAUAGACUAAAGUUUUUAUGUUUUUCUGCAACCACCCACCAUACAUCAGUACACAUACACAAAUCAUUAAUGAUAAUAAAAUAUUUGUGGUGACAAUUGAUAUUGAUAUUUAAUGGAUUACUGCAUGUUGGAACUGCAGAAAUGCAUUAAUAAUGUGCAGAACAGUGUCCAAUACUGUCCAGAGUUGUGGACAGGAGGCUGCAAAGCUCACUUAUCACUAUCUAAUUCUCCCGGAAGCGAAUUUGGGCUGGUUUUCUAUUUCUCUUUCACCUACACUUUGAUGAAGGCUCUAUGCUGAAACAGGUUGGGGACUUUACAUUUUUUGAACUGCUCUAUGCCUUGUAGAUAAAGGCUUUUAAAAUGUAAAACCCAUCUGGAGUGCCUGGAACUUAGACUUGUCAAACAAUUUUAUACUCUUUAGUUGGAUUUUUCCUGUUUUUCAGAUUUUUAAUUCCCCACUCCAGAGUGAUGGUGGAUGUUUUUGUGGGAUACUUGUAGUGCUCCCGAUAUAUUGUUUCCUGUCGAGCUGCUCUUGAACCAGACAUAUUCAUGCUGAAUGACAACUGUAUGCUUGUCUUGGCUAACAUGAAGUGAGGAAUUUUGACUGGUGCUUCUUUUGUAAUGAAAUACCCAACAUGCUCUGCCAUAUAGUGAUAGUGCUUCCAUUGAUAGUGUUAGUGCUUCGAGUGUUAGUGCCAUUGAGUGAUUGUCUGAACUUUGGUCUGCUGUAGAAUCCUUUCAGUAGUUUUUAAACAACAGAAUGGGUACAACAGAGAAAUACAAAUGGUUUAUAACAAUG